AAAUAGAAAAAUAGGGUUCUUCGUCUAGCUAGGCAAUGGCGGAGCAUCUCUACGCCUUGGAUUUCGACGGUGUGCUAUGCGACAGCUGCGGCGAGGCAUCGAUCGCUGGCCUGGAGGCCGCGAAGCAGCGAUGGCCAGAGCAUUUCAAGCGCGUCGACGCACAGCGCGAGGCCGAGAUUCUCGAGAGAAUGCACACGGUAAGACCAGUGGUGGAGACGGGUGACGAUUUCUUGCUACUCGCUCGUGUGCUGGCCAAAGUCGAAAAUGGAACCUCGAUUGCGUCUCACCUCGACGAGGAGAACAUCCUCGAGUCUUGGACCGAGUCGAUAAAGCGAUCGUUUAUGGAAGAGAUUGGAGAAGCACGCCACAAGCAGGAGCUGGAAGAUCUUCUGGGAAGCGUGAGGGACGCCUGGAUCUCGCGUGAUGUACACGGAUGGCUCAAGACUAACAGGUUCUACCCAGGAAUCUCGGAUGCAAUCAAGUUCUCCUCGUCCAAACUGUUUAUCGUUACUACGAAGGAGGCGAGGUUUGUGACAAUGUCACUCAAGGAGCUGGCAGGAGUGGACUUCCCAGAGGAGAAUAUAUAUGGACUGGGAUCCGGUCCUAAGGUUGAGGUAUUGAAGAAACUCCAGAACCGGGCAGAGCACCGAGGAAUGACACUUCAUUUUGUGGAGGACAGGCUUUCAACCUUGUUGAAUGUGAUCGAUGAUCGAGUGUUGAAUAAUUGGAACUUGCACCUUGCUAGCUGGGGUUACAACACUCCCACAGAACGGGAGGAAGCUUCAAAAAAACCGCGCAUCGAAGUACUGGAAUUGGCGGACUUUUGCUCCAAACUGAAUUGACUCGGACCGAUCUCUGUCGUCUACACUGUUCGGGGAAUCGGGCUUGGUGGAGACGACAAAUCUUGUAGCGACUCCAAACUUCGGCUUCUAGCAAACGCAAAGGAUCUAGAUUACGGGGCA